AUGAUCAAUGAUAAAAAUGGAAGCAAUCAGAGAAAGGAGUAUGAGUACACUGAAACACCAUUCGUUGCUCAGACAGUACCCAUGAAAAAAUCGAAGCCCAGAAAAUUACCUCAGUAUCCGCAUUCCCUUAGUCAACUUAACCCAAAGGAAUACAAAUCGGAAGAAAAGGGGGCUCAUACUAGUUGCAAAUGUCCAAAGAGCUUAGGUAGUUUGUUAAGUAAAUUGAUAGCUGGGAUACAAGAUAUACUUCCUCAUAUUAUGGAUACUAAAGUUAUUGCUCAUGCGCCUUGUGGUAAUAACACGAAAUCAGUUACGGUUCCACCUCAAAACAAGACUUACAGGCAAAACGAAAAGAAACGAAAACCUAAAACUAAAACAAGUCCAUUCAAAAGUCAAGUAUACACAGCGCACCCUGUAAGAACAUAUUUCGAUACGGAACGUAAAUCUAAAAGAAAAUUUAAAGUAAUUACGAGUAAAAAUAUUGCUUCUACUUUUACCACAUCUGGAACUAUUUCUAUUGAAACUACUACUUCCAGUACAACGUCAACUACUACUACUAGUGCUGCUCCUAGAACGACUACUACUCCUCGGACAACCUCAAGUACCACUGCUACCACUACAACUCUUACCACGCCUACAAUGUUCACCUCUACAGCCGAUUUCAGUACCGCAACAAUUUUUGACGAUCAAUCAAUAUCUGUUGAAAUCAAAGAUAGUAAGAAAACUGUCGGACAUAGCACAAUACCGAUGCCAACAAAAAUUAAUAUUACACAGCCCACCUUACUACCAAGCGAAAUAAUUAACUACGAUUACAACUUCAUUUUUAAACCUGACAUUAGAAAAAAGUCUACAAAAAUGACAAAUAUAAGAAAUCCAACAACGGAAAUAUUUAUACCGAUGAAAUUUGUUGAUUCUUCUCAUGAAAACUCUACCACUAAAAAAUUGAGAGAGACUUACACUGUUAGCUCACAUCGGCCACGUGUGAAUGUACCUCUAUUCAAAGAAGAAGAAUACGACGAUUAUUUCAUAACAACACCAAGCAAAAGUGCGAGUGAACUAGAAAUUCUCGAUGUUCCUAAUUUAAAGUUAAUAAAAAAUAAAAUGACAACAAGUUAUAUAAGCCCCCAACCAACUACAAAUAUUAAUAAAAUGUUUGUUAAAUUAAAAUCUUCCAGUUUUCACCCAGUGACUAAACAACCAGACUUAGAUUUUGUUUCGAUGCGGAAAAUGGCCGAUUUGAUUUAUUCGCCUCAAGAAAAAACUACAAAAGAAACAAAAUAUACGACAGAAGCUAAAGUUUCUGUUCCAUUCCAUAGAAAAUACACUGAGCCCUCGUUACUUACUGACUCUAUAUCUACUUAUUCUAUAGAUAAUCACCAAAACCAUGGAAUCAGUCCUUCAACUUCUUCAAAAGACACGAAAAGAAUGACAAACCCAGUGUCCGACAUUAAAACUUAUAAUAAUGAAGACACAAAAUUUAACGACGAUCUACAUAUUAGUGAAAUAUUAUUAGACGAUGAAUUUCAAGAAGAAUAUAGUUUCCGACAAAUGGAUAUUACAACUAAAGACCCGAACAAGUAUGUUAAUAGCCCAAAAGGUUUAAACAAAACCGAAGAUAUGAAUUUAGAAGAAAUGAAAACUCCAAAUAAGUGGGAAGUGAAUAAAAAUGAACAGACCGAAAAAGUAAUUCUUCUAAUCUACGAAUACGCGAUAGCUGUAGAAUGGAGUUUAGUACAAAACCAACAAAUCACGAAUAGAUCCAAUGCCACCUGGAAGGACCAACCUUUUGCCGAUAGACUUGACCGUAGUUACUUUGGACUCGAUCAAGAUUAUUAUGAACGUAUGCCCUUGCUAAUAAAUGCUUUGCAAGAAAGCAGUUACUUUGACCCAACCAUCGAAACAACAGGGCCUUUCGCCAAGAGACGAUAUAACAUGACAAUAAUAAAACCGACUACAACGAAACCGACUUUUAAGCCUAGCCCAGUAAGAAGAACAAGUCCAAGACCCUUUUUCUUUGAAUACAGAAGUCCUACUCCACUUCCAUUUAGUAAAACUUACGGUUCAAGAAGUUGGAUAGAGCGAUAUCGCAACGAAGAAAGAUUAAAAAAUAUUCGGCAAAUAAUAAAAUAUUUAGAAACCACAAUAAACGCAAAGUCCGGUGACUUACAUUCUAAGCCCUCAAGUACACACAUUGCUUUUACAGGUGUAUAUAUUGAACCUAUGCUGGAAAAUAAAGGCGUUGGUACAGAUCCUAAGUCAGAUUUGCAACAAGAAAGCUCAGAAAAUAUAAAUCAAUUUAAAUCAAAUCAUCUAGCAGAUCCACUCUUCAAUUUCAAACCGGAAAGUCCUGGAGAAGUCAAUCUGUUAGCUGACGAUUUUUUGCGAUUUGCACCUAUUCCUACACCUAGUCUAGAUACUACACACAAUUAUCCAAUGUUCCGACAGAUUCCAUUUAACAAAAGGAAUUGUCUGGGUAACAAAUGCGAACAUAAUUUUCCAAGUUCUAUUGAAAUAAAACCAACAGAGACUCCACCAUUGAGUACUACCAAAUCAUUUAGUGUUAUGCUUAAUUUGUUUCCCAUUAAGAAGGAACCCACUACAACUGUUAAAUCUUUAGAUAAUAUUUACCUUACAACUUCAAGACCUUUAAUACAAUUUAAAAGAAAAUCUAAUGUUGGUUUUCGACGAAUAUUUACUCCAUAUAAGAGACCCAAAUAUUUAAGUAACUUAAUAAAUAAACAAAACAAAAUUGGGAAACCUAAAGACAAUCAAAAUAAAGAAACACCAACAGCAGAAGGUACACAAAUGAUAGUACAUGUUAAGGUGUAUAGUCCUGAUGAAAAAAACGAUUUAAAAAACGAAACGAUCAGAGUCCAUUCUACGAUACCGUCUACGCAAACGAAUCCUUAUACUACGAAGGCUCCGAUAGAAUUAUCGACCUCGCAAAUAGAAGAUCAUCACGUAGGCAGCUCGGGUUAUAUACCUGUUGUUGAACAAAAGACAGAACCAACUUUGCCAAAAGUGACAACCAUACCAUUCUUUGAAUUGACAACCGAGCAUCUUUGGCCAGCUCCAACUGAAGUGUUUCAGUUUAAUGCAGAAGACGCAAAAGUGCCUAAUCAAUAUUUAGAAUUAGAAAGAAGAAAUAACAACCAACCGAACAUACAGAUAAGUAGACGAAAUUCUGGCGGAGAUAUCAGUGAUCAAGAAGAACUUAGUACACUUAUUGUGAAACUUAAAAAUGAAUACGUUGGAACCACUACGGAAGCUCCUACGCUUCAAAGUACAGAGAAAGUCGAUGAAACCACAACAGAGUGGACGUAUGUACCACAAAUAAAUGGUCAUUAUAGAAACAUCAAUCAAAAUUUAAAGAAAAGUGAUGCAGACUUAAAUGCGAAUCCAGAGAAUAAUAGAAAAAAACGUUUAGAGCAAUCAGUAUCUGGUUAUCGUACUUAUGUCCCCAUGUAUGUAGAAAUCAAAAGAAAUCAUAGUCAAACUCCGACUACCGAUUCGGAGCAAAUUGUUGAUAACAAAGACAGUAAAUAA